AUGUCUUCUUCUGCUUCACCACCUGGCGAAUCAGAAGAAUUUGAGCCGUAUGUGAGAAGGAAACGAGCAGAAGGCGGAAGUCGGAAGAAGAUGCAAGGACUGAAUGAGCAAGAACAGAAUCUACUCCGAAACUCCAUAAACAGUAGAGAACGUCGCCGAAUGCAUGAGCUGAAUGAUGAAUUCGAAUCUCUUCGUGAAUGUCUACCGUAUCCAAAUGAAGCAAAUAGUCGCCGAAUGAGCAAAGCGAAUACGCUUUUGUUGGCUUCAAAUUGGAUAAAACAGCUUGUCAAUGCCAAUCAUAAACUCCAAAUAGAACUGAAUGCAGCUAAUGCGAAGGUACAGUAA